AUGAAAAGUAAUAAAAGAGAUUUCGACAGUGUAGAAAAUAUAGAUGAUGGUUUAAAUAAUGACAAUAACAUAAAUAAUAAUAAUAAUAAUAGUGACGGUAACACCAAUAGUAAUAGGGUAUCUUCAUCACCACCUGAACAACACUUAUCACCACCAAAUGAUGUUUCUCCACAAUCUAAAAAAACUAAGCUUGAUAAUACAGGUGACUCAAAAAAACUAAAUGAGGAUUUAUUAAUAAAUAAUAAUAAUAAUAAUAAUAAUAAUUGCAAUAAUAGUUAUGUAAAUAAUAGUAAUAGUAACAAAAAUAAAAUAUAUAAUAAUGAGAAUAAACCACCAGCAUUUCAAGGUUUUAAAAAUGGCAGAAAUCAAGAUAUUAAUAUUUCAAAAGAAAGAAUGGAUGAGGCAAUGAGGAGAUAUGGGAUUGAUAGCGAAGAUUCAAAUGAUCAACAUCCACAGCCACCAAUCUCAAAACCACCAGCAUUUUCUGGCUUCAAAACUGGCAGAAAUCAAAAUAUUGAAAUUUCAAAGGAUAAAAUGGAUGAGGCAAUGAAGAAAUAUGGGGAUGAUGGUGAAGAUUCAAAUAAUCAACAUCCACAGCCACCAAUCUCAAAACCACCGGCAUUUUCUGGUUUUAAAACUGGCAGAAAUCAAAAUAUUGAAAUUUCAAAGGAUAAAAUGGACGAAGCAUUGAAAAAAUAUGGCGAUGAAGAUGAUCACAGUAAUAAGAAUCAAAAUAAUAAUAUUAAUAAUAAUAAUAAUAAUAAUAAUAAUAAUAAUAAUAAUAAUAAUAAUAAUAAUAAUAAUAAUAAUAAUAAUAAUAAUAAUAAUAUUAAUAAUAUACCACAACAGUCGUCAGAAUAUAAACCACCAGCAUUCAUGGGUUUUAAAAAUGGUAGAAAUCAAGCUGUUACUAUCUCAAAAGAAAGAAUGGAUGAGGCAAUGAAGAAAUAUGGGGAUGAUGGUGAGGAUUCAAAUGAUCAGCGUCCACAACCACCAAUCUCAAAACCACCAGCAUUUUCUGGUUUCAAAACUGGCAGAAAUCAAACUGUUGAAAUUUCAAAGGAUAAAAUGGACGAAGCUUUGAAAAAAUAUAGCGAAAAUGAAGAUAAUAAUAAUAAUAAUAAUAAUAAUAAUAAUAAUAAUAAUAAUAAUAAUAAUAAUAAUAAUAAUAAUAUAUCGCAGCCAAAUUUUAAACCACCAGCAUUCAUGGGUUUUAAAAAUGGUAAAAAUCAAGAUAUCUCUAUACCAAAAGAGAGAAUUGAUGAAGCAAUGAAAAAAUAUGAAGAUGAUAGUCAAGAUAGUAAUACUUAUAGUUCAUCACCCCCUUUAUGCCCAACCCAAAUUAUGACAGAUGAAGAAAUCAGUAAUUUCAAAAAAUCAAUUAAAGAUAGUGGAUCAGCAUCAUCACCAGCAUCACCAAGGCAAGUUGCAAAUAAUAACAAAUCAUCAUCACCACCACAACAAACAUCCACUAAACCUAUUUCGCCAGCACCAACUAAUGCAACAUUAGGAUCAUCAGCCCCAACUUAUAAAAAUACACCAGUAAAAACUAAAUUUGUGUAUAGUACAGGUAACAAAAAAGGGUUUACACCCCCAUCUAAAGGUUUAUCGCCACCACAACAACCACAACAACUACAACAACCAAUUCAGUCACCACAAUCAUUCCAAAAACCAGUAAAUAAUAAUAGCAACAAUAAUAAUAAUAACAAUAAUGUUAAUACAAAUAGUAACCCAACUGUAAUCACUAAUAAUUAUUCAUAUCCUGUAACACCCUCCAAAACUGUAAUAAAGAAACCAACAUCAACACCCACAAAAAAAACAAAACCAUUUACACCUCCUUCAAAAUCGAAUAGCAUUAAUGGUAAUGAGCAAUCUCUUACAAAUAUUCAAAAUCCACCAACUCCAAAUAGGAUACAAAAACAACCAUCAUCACCAUCAAAUGCUACUAUUAAAAACAAUAAUACCUCCACAUUACCCACAAAUAAAACAUUGGAAAAAAGAAGAACUUUAAGAGAAUUGGGCAACCCAUUUUCGAUAUCUCCAGUCGGAUUGGUUAAAAAAGAAAUUUUAGAAAUCAAUAGUAAAACUUCCCAAGAUUAUAGAUUUGAAAACAAUGGUAGCAUUAGAGAUAUAGGUAAAUCUAAAACCAUUGGUGUUGCCGAAUUAUAUAUUUAUUUACUUAAAGAUAGCAAAUCCAAUGUGUCUUUAUUAAAUCAAGAGUGGGUACGUAACCAUUAUGGAUGGAUAGUAUGGAAGUUGGCUGCAAUGGAAAGAGCAUUCCCUCAAUUGUAUGCUGGUAAAUAUUUAGUGUUACAAAGAGUUAUAACCCAACUUCGUAAUAGAGUUGAAAAAGAAAUUAAUCAAGCAAGGCGUCCAAUUUUAAAGAAAAUGUAUGAAAGAGAUGAACCAUCAGAGAUUCCAUUGAUUUUAUGUGUUUCUUCAAUUAUAGACAAUGGUUUAAAUAAUAAUAGUAAAGCCAACAAUAAUACAACUAAUAUUAUUAAUACAGACGAAAUUACAUCAGAAGAUAUUGACGAUUUUAUGAGUGAUGUAAAUAUUGAUGCAAUGGAUGAAGGUUUAGAUAUUCCAAUCAAAAAAGAAGAACAACAAGAAAAAGAAGAGGAAAAAAAACAAAUUGGUAAUGAUCAAUCCAAGACAGCAGUUAUAGAGUUAACAGACGGAUGGUACCCAAUAAAAGCAGCUUUGGACCCAUAUUUAACACAGAUGUUGCAACAGGGCAAAAUUUAUAUAGGCCAAAAGCUUCGAAUUCAAAAUGCAACAAUGGUUGGUGAAGAGAAUGGUAUAUCACCUCUUGAAGAUGGUUUUGAAAAUGUUUAUUUAAAAUUGUUUGCAAAUAGUACCCGUAGAGCUAAAUGGUAUGAAAAAUUAGGAAAGCAAUCAUCAAUGUUCCCGAUUACAUUUAAGUCCGUGGUAGCAGGGGGUGGUCCAAUCUCAAUGUUAAAAGUUCAAAUUACACAUUUAUAUAAACUAUCAUUUAAAGAGACAAUCGUUAAUGAAGAUAAUGUGAAAACCGUAAUAAUGCGUUCAGAGAGUGAAGAGGAGACAUAUAAGCGUCAGUAUGAAAGUAAAGCACAGGAAGCCCGUGAAAAACUAUUUUUAAAUGCAGCAACAGAGUUGGAAAGAAAACAAAAAGAACAACUAAUUCUAAAUACUUCAACUCCCAAUAAUGUUCGUAGUUUGGGUAGAAGAAAGCCAAUUACACCACCAGUCAAUAUUAAUCAAAAAAUUAAACUUAGUUCAAUCAAUGGUUUGUCAGAAAUUUAUGAAGGUGAUACCUUAUUAAGUUAUUUUGAACGUGUAAUGGAUCAAGAAAGUUUUUUAUCAUCAUUAAAUGAUGAGCAAAAGUCAUUAUUAGAAACUGCUAAAAUUAAGCAAACUCAAAUACUUCAACAACAAAUUUCAGAUCAAGUUAGCGAAGAAAUGAGUACAAACCCAGUUUACAAGAGUAGAGAUGUUAAGCCAAUUUUAUCAAUGAAGCUUCAAGAUUUAUUGUCGAAUAGCGAAAAUGAAGUGAUGUUUUCAAUUAUCAACCCAUCCAAUGAUUAUUUAGAAACUCUAAAGGAAUCUAUGAAAUUAACAUUUUAUAAUACAACACCAAAAUACUUUUCAUCCACAUCAUCUUUAUCAAUAGUUGCAAACAAAGAUUUAGUACCAAUUCAAAGUACAAAUAAAUUUUAUGCAGUUCCAUUAAAUUCAACACCAGAUACAAAUUUAAAUGAAAAAAAAAGGGAUAUUCAAAGAUUAGAUCAAAUUUUAAAUAAUUUAAAUUGUGAUAACAGCGAAUAUGAUAUAGUUUGUAUUGUAAUUUAUGUAGGCCCAAAUAAAAUCGAAGAAUCACCAAUUAAAGAUGGUAAAAAAAUUCAAUGCUCAAGAGAAAUUUACGUUACAGAUAUUUCAGGACACAUAGCUAAAAUUAAUAUUGUAAAUAAUACAUUUGUAAAUGGUAUUUCAAAUAGUGAACCAUCAUCAACAUUAAAAUCACCGCAAUACAAGGAUCAAAUAUAUCUCCCAUUCAAAACUGGCUUUACAAUAGAAAAUGAAUUGUUAUUUGAUAAAUUACAUCCAGGCCAUCAAAUGACAAACAAUGGUAGUAUUUCCGAAUUUUUAGAACUUUCAAAAUUUUUACCAAUAAACUAUCAACCAAAACAAUUACCAAUCAUCCAUCUUUCAAAUUUAAAAUAUAAAGGUAUCGAUAAUCAAAAUCAAAUCCUCCUAUUCAAUACAAAUGAAUUAUUUUCGUAUACCGUAAAAGCAACCUCAAAAACUUCAGAUUUAUUUGAUAGGCUAAAAACCUAUUUAUCAAAUUCACCUGCAUUGUUUAAUUUAUUCAGUUUUAAAAUCAAUUUUAUUUUAUUAAAUCAAAAUAAUAAUAAUAAUAAUAAUAAUAAUAAUAAUAAUAAUAAUAAUAAUAAUAAUAAUAAUAAUAAUAAUAAUCAUUCUCCACAACUGGCAUCUAAUAAUAUUAGUUGUAAUGAAGAAGUUUCAAAUUCACAAGAAUUUGUUUUUGAGUUUGAACCAGGUUUUUUGAAAGAUCCUGACUCAAAUUAA